AUAUUUCAGAAGAUCAUGAAAUAUGCCUGGGUAUAAGAAGAAGGGUGAUAAGGAGCACAAGGCCGCCAGACGCAGAGAGAAAAGAGAAAAAAGAGAAGAGAUGGGAGAAUAUACAGAUGAUUAUGAUCAGUUAAAUCAACAGCUCUCAACUCUAGGGCUGGCAUUAAGGCAAAUUCCAGGUGAUGGAAAUUGUUUGUUUCGAGCUCUUUGUGAUCAAAUAGAAGGCUCUUCUCAUAACCAUUUUAAACACAGGGAGAAUGUUGUUCAGUACAUGGUUGAGCACAGAGAAGAUUUUGAACCAUUUGUUGAAGAUGAUAUUAGUUUUGAUCAACAUCUUAGGAAUCUGUCAGAGCCAGGAACUUUUGGUGGAAAUGAUAGCAUUGUAGCAUUUGCUCGUCUUCACAACCUAACUGUAGUCAUUCAUCAGGUUGAUAAACCUUUGUGGCAAAUUCAUGGAGGGAGAGAUGGAACACCUGGCUUUCAGGAGGCCCAUGUUAGUUAUCAUAAUGGUGAUCAUUAUAAUUCAGUUCGUAGAUCUGGUGACACAAGCUGUGUUGGAUCAGCUGGUAUACGACUGGUCAGCUUGAAGGAGAUUCUACAGAAACCUGGAAACCUGCACAGAGCUAGCAGUAGCUAUAUGACAGAUUCUGGAGAAGAGUCAGAUUAUGAAAAUUCACCGAGUUCUUCCAAACUUGAUCAAUUAAUUCAAGAAGUCUCUAGAUUGACCGGAAACAAAGAACAGGAAGAGGAGAUUAUUCAAGCUUUGGAGAGAAGUGCUUACAGUGUUCAGUCUGCAGUUGAUUACAUUCUUGAAGAACGAAGCAGGAACAGAAACAAGAACAGGAACAAAAAUAGGAACGCUAACUCCAUUUGGUCGGAACAUGGAACAGGGAGCAGAAUUAUAGGAACACAGGUUGGUGAGGUUUACAAGCCUCCAGUGAACAAGAACAUGUCUUCAAAACGCCAAAAGGAAUUAAAGAAACGAGAGCAGCGCCUACUAAAGGAUACUCAGGGUAAAGGACCAAGUUUGGACCAACAGACAGACCAAAUACUUACAAACAUCAAAACCCUCACCAUUUAAAUCAAUUCCGCAAAUCCGCAAAGAAAGUGUCGCGGCAUUUGAUCAACAUCGUCUUUUAUAUUAAGACCGCUCAGAUAUAUUUGCGGCAUUUGCACAUUGUCAUUGUUCUCAAAAUUGUAAACAGUUAACAUUUAUUAGUUCACCAAUGACAUAUCCAAUGAAACAAAAUAUAUUUUUCUUCUAAGUUGGGGGUUUUACAAUUUUUACCAUAAUAUUCUGCAAAGGUCAAUUGGCAAAACCCUUCCCUCCCCUCAGCCUUAUUAAAUUCUUCCGAUUUUUCCCUAAUCUCACCCUUUUACAAAAAGAUAUAAGUUGAAAUGUUUUUAUCAAAACACUUAUAGACUUUGGGUAUUUAAAUUUUUGACAAUAUGUUGUUAACUGUUCACUGUUAGUGUUCAGUACUAUUAAAUCACUUAAAAAUUCCAAAAUAUAUAAUUAAAUCACUUA